AUGGAGACUUUGAUGGAUCAAGAGGCCCGAGAUACCGCGCCCAAGGCCUUGGCUCAUCUUGACACUAGCAUAACUCAAUCCAGAAGCUUCCAUUGGCCUGAACGCGGCCCAUUCAAGAACUUGGAGAGCAAGCUCAAGCGGCUAAAGAGAAAUGGAAACUUUCCUCUUCUGCGCGCGCUCAACUUUGCCGACCUAGACCCGCUCUCUACCUAUAUAUACUUGCUUUUAGCCUCUUGUAAUAAGAAUCACCAGCCGCAUAACAAGAAACACUUAUUCAAUAAACCGAACAUCGUGCCAUAUCCGUUCCCUCCCAACCGCGCUCAUCCGACGUUUGAAGGACCUAGCCGAGACGAGCAUCAUUACCAUCAUCAUCAAAACCGACCUCCGGUUUAUCAUCAACCACCUAGACCAGUGUUGCAUUCACACCACGACCAUGUUCUCAAUAGGCGGAGAGAUAGCCAUUUCGAUGCCGUGCUUGAGGGUUUCAUGGAGAGCCAAAGAAAAACUAGCCGCGACAUUGAGACAAAGCUAGAGUUCACGCGAUACGAACUAGAUGGAAGACUUGGAGAACUCUCUACCCAAAUAGAGAGAGUAGAGUCAAGAUGCUUGGACAUGGAGGAAGAUUUGAAGAAGCAAGGCGAGGCCAUUGAAGACAGUAGGAGAGCGAUACACUUUACCAAAGUUUCCACCAAGGAGAUGGACAAUCACUUAGAUGAGAAGAUCACAAGUCUUGAUAACAACCUCGAUGGCACCACCAAGAGUCUCAAUUCAAUAACAGCAGUAGCUCAUCAAGCUAAGAGGGAGGUAGCCGAAGUGACCCUAAAAGAGAGGCAAUGUUACUCGACGAUGCUUACAUUGGUGGAAGGGCAAAAACAAGUGAAGGCACAAAUCCGAGAUUUACACAUCUCUCUAGACAAGAGAGCCAAGAUAUUCAAAGAAGAGCUAGAGGGCUUGAAGACAAAGUAG